AUGCUGGAGGCUCAAGUUCAACAAGCCAGUCUGUGGAAACGGCUGAUUGAGUGCAUCAGCGGCCUAGUCAAUGAGGCGAACUUUGACUGCAACCCCGGUGGUCUCUCUAUUCAGGCAAUGGACACAACUCACGUCGCCCUUGUGCAUCUCCUCCUCCGCGACGACUGCUUCAGCAAGUACCAGUGUGAGCGGAACAGCAUUCUCGGUCUCAACCUCGCCUCUCUUUCCAAGGUGCUGAAGAUUGUUGAGAGCUCAGACAGCUUGACGCUGCAUCACGAGGACGACUCUGACGUCGUUGUAUUAACCUCGGAAAACUCGGAAAAGUCGCGAAAGUGUGAGUACCAGCUGAAGCUGAUGGAUAUUGAGGGGGAGGCGAUGGGAAUUCCCGAGAUGGGGUACGGGUCAACGGUGACGCUCAGUUCGCAGGAGUUCGCUAAAAUUGUUCGUGACAUGAACGUCUUUGGCGAAACUGUCACGAUCGAGAUUCGGAAGGAGGGUGUGAAAUUUAGCUCGUCUGGCGAUCUGGGUGAGGGAUACGCUUUUUUACGCGCCACUGGGGUGCCGGAGCGCGCUGUAAAGACGGCGCCAGAGGUAAAGAAGGAAGACGACGAUGACGUGCCUAUCGGCCGCAUCAACACAUCAAGCGCGAAGAACGGCGGCACGGCCAUUGGUGUUGAGGUACAGACGGAUGAGCCUGUCACGCUGACCUUCGCGCUGCGUUUCAUGAACGUCUUUGCGAAGGGCUCCACCCUGAGUGACCGUGUGUCGCUGAAGUUUGCCCCUGACAGCCCGUGCAUGGUGGAGUUCAAUAUUGACCAUGUAGGCUACCUGCGCUACUUUCUUGCUCCGAAGAUGGACGACGUGAUGUGA